CCCUGUAGGUCAGAGCUAAAAUUAGAGGCUGCUCCUUCCGCGACAGCAGCCAAACUGCGAUGCAUAAAGUCAUGUAAACCGGGGGAUACACUAUCACAAGGGCUGGCAGUAAAAGUCAUGUAUUCCAUGGGUGACAUUUAACGCCACACGCUGACAGUGGAGGCUCUGUGCGUAACGCAGGGACAACGCUGGAUCUACACUGGGCACUGCUGCGUAAAUAAUGAGUAUUUGGUAGUGCGUUUUUGGAGACGCCAUAUGUACUCUCUUCAGCGCACAGCUUCCAUGAGUGUACACUUCUGCAAACAUGUCUUUUUUAUCCAUACCGAGACAAGAGGGCCUUUUCACCACGAUUAAAACCGGCAAAUCAGCAGCCGCGGAGGCAGAGGGUAGAACCCCCAUGGACGACGAGGAGAAUUAUGAUGAUGAUGAGGAAGACGAUGACACCAACGUCCGCCUCAUCCCAAGAUGCUCCCCGGUGCCCAGAAAGCGAGGCCACUCCAUCCACGAUGAAACCGCCGAGUACAUGCGGAUCCAUCUGGCGCUGGCUGCCGGAAAGAGAGUGUCAUUCGCCGAUACAACAGGUGGGGAUCUGGUGGAUGUGAAGGAAUUCGUUGCCUUCGAUUCGGACGAGGAAGAGGGCAGCGCGAAGUGGGAGGAAGAGGAGGCAAAGUAUCGAAAGCCAGAGCGAAAGCCGACUUAUCAUGUGCACCCAGAGUUUAAUGCGCCCAGCGGCAGUGCCCUGCUGCAGGCUGUGCAGUCUACCAAAGUGGAGGUGGAGCAGAUCUCUCCUGUAGAGAAUGAGCCACUUGCUUUCACUGGGGUUAUACGAGUCCUCAACAUCUCCUUCAAUAAAGCAGUGUACAUCAGAACCACCAUGGACAACUGGGCCACCUACUUUGACCACCCAGCAGAGUAUGUCCAGGGGUCUCAUGAUGGAAACACUGAUCAGUUCUCCUUCAAGCUGUCUUUUGCACCACCUUACAUCUCACACGGCUGUCGCAUUGAGUUUGUUGUCCGCUAUGAAACCUCUGAUGGUGAUUACUGGGCCAAUAACUCCUCUAUGAAUUAUGUGGUAACUCUGCUUCUGUCCUACGAAGAUGAUUCAGCUCAGACAAACAACAACAAUCACCAAGUAAAAGGUAUCCUGAGACCUCCGAAAGCAUACAGUGCGCAGGAUAAUUUUGAUUCAGAGGAUGAGCUGGAAAAGGACAAAGCAGAAGAAGCAGUGACCUCCAGGUCAGGACUUGUCAGACCCACAGCUGUCUGCCCAGUCAUCGUACAUCCGGAGAUUGACAUAGAGAUUGCAGUUCACCCAUCUGGUCCCUGUGUCUCACCCAACCAAGAGCUUCCAUCUGUUGAUGGCGCACUGUCCGCUCACACAAUAUCCCCAGGUGAACAAUUCCCAUGUAUGUCUUCCGAAACCACGCUUCAAACUAAUUCGUCCUUUGUACUCUGUGCCAGCGAGUCGGUCCAGCCAAAUAAGUCACAGCCUUUACCCAGACUCCACUGUGAAUUAGGAAACCAAACGUCAGAGCAGCCCAUAGACAGUAGUCCCUGUGCACUGCUGCCUGCCUCAACUCCUUCUCUACAGCAAGAGUCAAGCCCGAGAUCAGACAGCUCCCAGGCUGGCGGAGAGGAAAUCCCAUCCUCAGAGGCCUCGUGCAUGCAUCUUCCUACCACAGAGAUGAGUCUGUGGCCAACAACGGGAGAGGAGGGAUCGACCGACAGCCCCCCCAGUCGUCCUCGUCUUGAACUGCCCGCUGAGUGCGUCUCUGCUCCCAGUGUGACUCAGGGCUUUGAGCAAGAGGUUGCAGUGGGAUUGAGUGAACUCGUUGCAGGAUUAUCAGAAGGUUCCACCAGGUCUGCAGCAAAUCACCAAGGCGGUACGCCUGCACUCUUGUCUCCUGUGGCAGAGAGUGAGGCAUCUCUGGGAGCAGAAGGUGAAGCUCCACCGUCACCUGAACUCACAGAGAGCCAAAACAUAGCUCUUCAGCCUGCCUCAGCCCGGGAAGAGAAGGAAGAUCCCCCCCAGAUUUCCCCAGACACAUUAUUAGAGAAUCUACCAAACACAUUGUCCGAGCUGCAGCCCGAGUAUGACGUAAACAGGAUUCUGAUGCCACCUGUCAUCUUUCUGAGUGGAGUCGUCUCCCUCUCGAUAGCGAUGCAGGACCCCAGUGCCCUCUUCCUCAUCGGACUACUAUUGGUCUUGCACCGUUUGUGAUUAUGCCACAAAAGCUUAUUCUGAUCUGUUCUCAAGUGAAGUGCCUUUUCAUGAUUCCAAAAUAAGCCAACAAGUU